GGGCCCAGGGAGGAGGCUCAGCACAGCAGGAGGAAGAACAGAGCUGACAGAGCAGCUGUGCUGAGUGUUCCUGGAGCCGAAGCUCUUCUGCACAGAGGAGGACAGAGCAGGCAGCAGGGACCAUGGAGCCUCCCUCAGUCCCUCUCUACAGAGGGCUCAUCCCCUGGCAGGGGCUCCUGCUCACAGCCUCACUUCUCACCUCCUGGAACCCGCCCACCACAGCCCAGCUCACUGUUCAAUCCAUGCCGCCCAGUGCUGCAGAGGGGACAGAUGUCCUUCUACACGUCCACAAUCUGACAGAGAGUCCUUUGGGCUACUACUGGGACAAAGGAGACAGGGUGGCCAGCACCAAUCGAAUUCUAUCAUAUGUAGUAGCCACUGAAGCAAUUACCCCAGGGCCCACAUACAGCAAUCGAGAGACAAUAUACCCCAAUGGGUCCCUGCUGCUGCAGAAUGUCACCCAGAAUGACACAGGAUACUACACCAUACAAGUCUUAUCGCAAACUCUUCAGAGUGAAGAAGCAACUGGACAGUUACGCGUGUACCCGAAGUUACCCAAACCCUCCAUCGCCAGCACCAACUCCAACCCCGUGGAGGACAAGGACUCCGUAUCACUAACCUGUGAACCUGAGACCCCGGACACGACCUACCUGUGGUGGAUAAAUGGCCAAAGCCUCCGAAUCAGUGACAGGCUAGUGAUGUCCCGGGACAACAGGACCCUCACUUUACAAAACAUCACAAGGAAUGACAUAGGACCCUAUGAAUGUGGAAACUGGAAUCCAGUGAGCUCCAACCGCAGUGACCCCUUCACCCUGAAUGUUCUCUAUGGCCCCAACGCCCCCACCAUUUCCCCCCCAGAAUCAUAUUACCGUCCCGGGGCCAACCUCACCCUCUCCUGCCACGCGGACUCUAACCCACCUGCACAGUAUUCUUGGCUUAUCAAUGAGAGGCCCCAGCAAGCCACUCGAGAGCUCUUUAUCGCCAGCGUCACUGUGAAUAACAGCGGAUCCUAUGCCUGUGUCGCCCAGAACUCUGCCACUGGCUGCAAUGGGACCACAGUCAAGAAUAUCACAGUCUCUGAGGAGUUACCCAGACCCUUCAUCACAAGCAACAACUCCAACCCUGUGGAGAACAAAGACUCUGUGGCAUUAACCUGUGAACCAGCGGCUCAAGACGUGACCUACCUGUGGUGGCUAAACAACCAGAGCCUCCCAGUCAGUCCCAGACUGCAGCUGUCCCCGGACAACAGGACUCUCACUUUAUUUGAUGUCACAAGGGAUGACUCAGGACCCUUUGUGUGUGAAAUACAGACCCCAGAGAGCUCUAACCACAGUGACCCCUUCACCCUGAAUGUUCUCUAUGGCCCUGAUGACCCCACCAUUUCCCCUCUGGAGUCAUCUUACAGUUCAGGGGCAAACCUCAACCUCUCCUGUCAUGCGGACUCUAACCCGCCUGCACAGUAUUCUUGGCUUAUCAAUGGGAGUUCCCAGCAAGCCAUGCAAGAUCUGUUUAUCCCUGGAAUCACUGCAAAGGAUAGCGGGUCCUACACCUGCCAUGCCCAUAACUCAGCCACAGGCCUCAGUAAGACCAGAGUCAUGAAUAUCAUAGUCUCAGAUGCUCCAGUGAAAGAAAGUCCUCCUGGCCUCUCAGCGGGGGCCAUAGUUGGCAUCGUGAUUGGAGUACUGGCCGGGGUGGCUCUGAUAGCAGCCCUCGCGUACUUUCUGAGUUCCACAAGUAGACGGGCAAGUGACCAGCAUGAUCUCACAGAGCACAAAUCCUCAGCCUCCAACCACAGUGAGGACCACUCUGACAACUCACCUGACAAUAUCGAUGAAAUUGCCUAUUCUUCUCUGAACUUCAAAGCCCAGAAACCAACAGAACCAACUUCAGCCUCCCCACCCCCAAUGGCCACAGAGACAAUUUAUUCAGAAGUAAAAAAGAAGUAAUGCGACCUGGCCUGCUCUCUGCACUGCUGAUGUCUGAGUCUCUCACCCUCAUCACUAGGAGAAGAAUUACCCUCAGGGGAAAAGGGGAAAGGCUCCCCCACCCUUUCUUCCCUGAUAUGCACCUCUUGGCUGCCUGGUCAUAGCCCCUCCCUUCAAUGUCAACACAUGAAAAGGUACAUUGAGAGUCCUAAGGAACCUCACCUUCCUUGUCAUUGAAUUUUGGCAAAGCCUACUUAGGACAGAAAUUGCCAGAACUUCCCCACCUAUCCCCAUUUCACCAACCUGGACCUGUUUUAAACUCAUAUAUUCGGUACUCAUUCAUUUCUUCCCACCCCAGUCCUGUCCUAUCAGCAUUUGAAUUUGCCUUAACCUUGAGAUUAUAUGUAUGCCUUUCUCCGCUGAAGUACAUGUGCCAGAAAAAAAGAGAGAGAAAGUCAAGGUAAUCAUGGCUCCUCCUAUCUCUCCAAAUCAAAUAUAUAACCAACAGUGACCUUAGAAAUCCUAUACCUUUGCCCACUUUUGGGAUUGUCUAUGGGUUUGGGGUCUGAGCACCUUGCUGUUUAUCUAACUAAGCACUUUGGCAAACCUCUCUCCAGAGAACCCACUAGAAGCAACUAGGAAAACUAUUUGCCAAGAGCCACAGGCGAUUCCUGAUGGAAAAUGCAGAAGUGCACUUUGUUUUAAUAUUUUCAUGGGCUUUAUUCAAGGAAGUGCUAAAGAGGGAGGGGUUACAGCCUCGGGGG